AUGACGCCCGCACCCAUGGUAAAGCCGACUCCCGCAACAUCAAGGCACCCUACCACGGAGGAGUUUACAAUGGUGUCACCAAACCGCAGGAGACAUUCUAACGAGGCCGCGCAGUCGCCAGCCACGAAACGUCGCCAAUCGAGGAAAGACCCGCCGUCGCCCGGGGUAUGGGUGAACGUGAGAGUGCGUGUGCGCCUACUGAGCGUUCCUGACCUUGAGACCCCAAGCAUCGUCCGUGUGCUGGACCACAGGUGCCAUGUGCUCGACCCCAAGGCCGAGGCGGAGUCUUUCCAUUUUGAAGACGGAGGUAACGUCAAGCCCAUUGAAGACCAAACGUUCAUGUUUUAUCAGUUCUUUGAUGAAACAGUAGACCAUGUGUAUGUGUUUGAGAACACCACCAGGGGCAUGCUGACGAUGCUCCUUGAAGGGUGCAAUUGCUCUGUAUUGGCGUGCAUUUCUAUGGGCAUCGACAAAGCUUUCGCAUUGCUGGGCUCCGAGGAAUGCCCCGGAGCGGUCUCCCAUAUGGCCAGCGAGUUGUACCAUCGCGCGCCCAAGCUGCAGUCAGAGGGCCAGACAUGCGACGUAGCAGUCGCCUAUCUAGAAGUCUACAACGAGGUCGUUCGCGACCUGCUGUGCCUCGACCCGGCCAAGAGCAUUGCCCUAUUGUACCUCGCCAUACACAAGGUGAAGGAGGCCGGCAGCCUCCUCGAGCCACUCUUAAAAGGAAAGAACCGGACGCAGCAUGCCACCGACGCUAAUGAGGAGUCUUCGUGGUCGCACGCCAUCUUCCAAAGCUACUUCACGGUGACGGUGAAUGCGACAAGCACGAGCAAGGAAACUCGCGUCUCGAUGUGCUCUGUUGACCUUGUCGGCUCGGAGCGCGCAGCUGCGGCCAGUAGGGACACAGAGGUUCAGAUGCGCGAAGGUACGAAGCUCAAACUGUCGCUCCUGGCCCUCGGCAACUGCAUCGACGCCCGCUCGAAGAACGGGAGCCAGCAGGUGCCGUACCAGGACUCCAAGCUCACCCACAUCCUCAAGGACUCGCUGGGUGGCUCGGGCAACGCCCUUAUGAUUGGGACAGCGACGGCGUUGAAGCUCACCUGCACGCGAAGGUACAACACCCUGGAGUAUGCGCUGAACGGGCCAUGAAGAUUGAGCUACAGGCCAAAAAGAACGUGCUCAAUGUGAACAUGCGCAUGGCCACCCAUCUUCAGCGCGCUCAUCGAGGAGUACAAGCAGAAGGUGGAAGGCCUUGAGCGUAACCUCGAGAAUGUGGAAAUGUGGCAGGCU